ACUAGAUUUCAAUUUCUAUACGAAUCAGAGCCUGGCUAAUUUUGUUUGAAUAAAAUUAUGAGAGAAAAAAAUAAGCAUAGUGUUUGUGGUGGCACGCUCCUGCUCGUGUUGAGGAUGUCUCGCGCAGCCGGCGUGGCUCCGAUCAGCUUCGGUCCCCACGGCUUGAACGUCUCCAAACCCAUGUAUAUUUAUAGCUUGAUAUUUAUCUUCGUCAUGAACGUGAUAAUCCUGACGGGGUUCUUGCUGGACAUCUCUGAGCCGCACAAGUCGCUGCGCGCCAACACUCUGACAGAGACAGUGUGCUGGGUGUCCAACCUGUGCGUGGUGACCGCGCUGGCGCUCGUCGGCUGCGUCGGCGCGCCCAAGCGGUGUGCUUGCUUCAUUGAUGUCUUGAGUGGGAUUCAUAAGAUCAGAAACCAUUUCGGAUACGCCGAGGAGAAGUCAGCAGAAAGAUCGUUUUAUUUAAUUAUCUUUUGGUUGUUUGUGAUCUGCCUGGGCAUACUAAGUUUAACUGAUAUCGCAUUUUACACAUACAGCGCUUUACAAGUUAAUAAAGAGCUGUACAAAUUAUAUUUAUUCUCAUUCUUCUACAUUGAGUACUACAUUGAAAUCCUAUUGGGGUUUCAGUUUUUACUGAUUAUGUUUCAUGUGCGAUUAGGUUUGGCUGACCUUAACUGUAAACUUAAAGAUCUACUGCAAGCUUUGGAUAAACAAAAUAAUAAAGAUAGAAGUGUUAUAGUCGACAAUUUCAUGUCCCCUCGAGCAAAACCUUUUAAUUACAUGAUUCCUUUACAUGUGGAAUGUGAACCAGAUAUUUUUCGUGUAGAAGCUUCCAGAACGAUUCGUGUCCUGAUCUUCGCUUACGAGUCGAUUUGUGAGUUACUGCGCAAACUGGAACAGAGCCACGGCACAGUGCUGCUCGUGCUGCUGCAGUCCUUCUUUCUACACUCCAUCAUAACGCCCUACAACUUGAUUACAAUAUAUGCUGAAACGGGCAGCAUCUGGUUCGCAGCGAUCCAGGUGGGGUGGUUCAGUCUGCACGCCUGCAACGUGGUGCUCAUCGUGGAGCCCUGUCAUCGCAUGCAGGUGGAGGUACCGAUGCAGUGCGUUGUAGGCUGUAGCCAUAUUGAAAUGGACACAACGCGCGAGCUAGUGAGCCGGUUGGUGCGGCGCGCGGACGCGGCGCUGGCGGGCGGGCUGCGCGUGUUCUACCGCGUGCUGGCGCUCAACCGGCCCGCCGUCGCGCCGCUCGGCUUGUGCGUGCUCGGCCGCCCACUCGUCGUCUCGAUGCUGGGAGCGGUUACCACUUAUCUCGUUAUCAUUUUACAAUUUAAAGCUAGCGAUGAACUUUUGUAG